UAUGGCCGUGUGGUAUACCUGCCAAUAACAUACUUGUCGAUACAUUUUCUAUAUCUUGUCCAGUGGCUCGUUAUGUCUAUACAAUGAGUCAUCACAAAAAUCUUAUGUUAAACUAUUUAUCAAGUCACAAGUCUACACCACCCAGUUCAGGAGAUCAGAGGACAAGAAAAACACCAAUUAGUGAUGAUAGUUCCAGUAAAAGGAAACCAGCUAAUCAUACUCGCCAUGGGACUCAAUCUUCAUCAAAGCAUUCCACAAGGAUGUCACAAAGAAAGGCAACUAUUCAUGAGAUUCCAGAUGAAGUUCUUCUGAAAGUAUUCAGUUUCUUUGGUGCCCAAGACUUGAUUCUAGUAUCGCAAGUCUGUCAGCGAUGGAGGAACUUGGGCAAUGACAACUCGCUAUGGAGGCCUAUUUACUUGAAGUAUGCUCCAAAAAGUGAAGUUGAAGCAUCCAGGGCUGGCAGUAUAACUUCAGUGUCUCAACUCAAGACAACUUGCAUCAGGAGAUGUGUUGAACAAAGGAACAAGAGAGUGUUCAGAAAUUUGAGAAAGAAAAGUCCAUACACAGGCAUUGUCCAACAGCGAGAUGUUGAGAAGGCCUUGAUAGACUCGUGUGUAUUCUGGCAGCUUGCUUUGGUGGAUGCUAGUGACAAUGAAGUGUGUAUACAGAGUGAUGAUGUGUCCGUCCACACAAUGGCCGCCUCUGUCCGAUGGUACAGUUUCAAUGGCCAGUCUCUACAGUCCACUAAAUCCCUCAGAAUCUACUCAUGUAAUCCUAUUUUCUUUGACUCAAAGAAAGGCUGCGCUGUUAAAGACAGUCCCUACCAGAGAUCACUACUAAUGACCUUUCCUCUGAAAUGGAGUUCAUGGGUCAGCACCAACAAACCUAUGGGGGACAAUGACACCAUCAACAUAUACUGUCUCCCUCGGGGAUUAUCUAUAGCAGUGUGGAAGGAUGGAGGAGAAGUGGCAUUUGUUUGUGUUGGUUUACACCUACAUCACUUGGUGGACAGAUGUUUGAGAGGGAACUCAAUAGAACCUUUCUGUCCACCGGUACCUCCUGUUAUAACUGAUGAUAUUGAUUCUAAUUUUGGUCUCCAUGGUUACAACUGCACUGUUCAGCUGAGGACGAUGAAGCAGCAGAUUUGGGACCAACAGUUCAGAAGUCUCAACUGUCGUAGUAAUACUGGUGGUGGGUAUGCCCAGUUCGUUCUGAUAGAACCUCACGAACGUCAGAUCAUAAACAAAGCGAUUGUUUUCCCGUGGAAAACAGAGGCUUUCAAAGGGAAAGUACAGAAUACAUGCUGGCUGGACAUCACUGUUAUAGAUGAGACGGGAGAUGUAUUCUGGACAGCUAGUUCCCUGGUGUGUUCCAAGGCAGCCCAUAGAGCUGGAGUAAGCUCUCUAGACUUUGAUUACUGUGAUGAUAAUUCUCGCUCCAUUGACUUCAUCGAUGAGGUUGGGAAGUUUCACAUGGAGUUCAGUGAGACAGAUGACCAGGAUAUCUACAUCACUCAAGCAGUACUCGGCCUCACCUUAAAAGCAAUAAACACACGAUUUAGUUCCAGCUACAGGUGACAGCUCUAUAUAUGGAUGUCCUGCUACAUCAGCCCCCUGGAUCAGUAAAGACAUUACAGCCUGUAUGAGGUCCCCCUGUCUGUGAGAGGUCAAUGUGAUUUCAUAAUUCAGCUACCAAGACUGAUGUUCUUAAUCAUUGAUUGUAUGUGAUACAUAUUUCCCUUGGUGCAAUCAGUACAAGUCAAGGAACUGCUACUGGUAUCUCAAUCAUUGACUAUACAAGGUCCAUAGCUUUCUUGGAGAGAUUAGUGUUUGAGCUAACAGGCCAGCUAUAGAAGUCAAUUCUUCAUCAGAAAGUUUUGAGGUCUCUCCCUAGGAGUCACAUCGGUGCAGGGUCAAACCUAGUUACUGAAACUAAUAUCUGAAUGACCAACUGUGUGAAGUCCUGCCCUUGCAGUCUCCAGUAUAUAAGCUUACAGGCCAAUUCGUCUUCAAAAUCCAGCUACAUUAAUUGUUGACUGUAUUUAUUAUCUCCCUUCAACAAACAUGUUGAAGCCGGUCUAUCCUUGAAGUGGAAGUAUAUGGUCCAGCAACUGAGACUAAUAUAUGAACCAUCUAUUGUUUGAGGUCCCUUCCUUGGAGUACUUGUAUGUAGCCAAUGUACAAAUUAAAAUACCAAUUCACUUAGGACAUGCUGUAGGAGGUCUCUCCAUCGAUUGUAUGCGAUCCCUUUCUUGUAGUACACUUGUGUAGCAAAUGUAAAAGCUAAAAUACCAAUACACCUGGGACGUGCUGUUGGAGUGCAAUUUAUUGGUGUAAACAAGUUCAAACUCUAGCAACUCUGACCAAUAAAUUAUUGAUUGUAUGAGGUCCCUCGAUUGGAUCAUGAUCAGUGGUCAGCCUAGUUUCCUUGUCUCACCUUAUGUAUUUGAGACAAGCUACAUUCUUCACAUUAAUCAAUAAGAAUGAAGUGAUUAUUCCCCGCAGGACCCAGAUGUGGAAAUAAUUUGAAAAGCCAUACAUGUAUGUAUGGAACACAAAUUUCCUGCAUUUAUCAUCAAGAAGAUUGAAGUGGUGUGGAAAGAUUUGAAAUAAGUGAUUCAAUUUCUCAAGAAAGUUCCAUAUUCAACAUACAUGUAUAUCUAUAUUGUUCACAAGCAUUUUCUAAUUGUCUUGCACAAAAAAGUGUAAGCUGGUUUAGACAACUUAAUUACCUGGUAAGAAUACCACAUCCCCAGACAGGAUGAGCUCCCUCAAUUACAUUCUGAAAGAUUCUAUCAAUUUAUACCCAUAAGUAUCUGCAAAUAAACCUCAGACACAAAUAAGCCCCUCCCCCCUUUCAUCAUCAGUUGUAGAAUUGUAAGCUAAAUGUGGUUCACAAUUAAUGAGUCCUUCUCAAACUAAAAUAGUAACCCCUUUAGGGACGGGGACUUAUUUGAGAUAUGCAGGCAGUUUUAUUACUGACAGGAGAAGGUCCCUCUCCUGGAGUAAUCAGUUUGAGGUUAGACUCGAAUCUUAUAGAAAUAUUUCCAGGUAAUUUGGUCAUUUAAGUCGGAACCAAUGAAAAUUUUACCUAUUUUUUUAAUAUUCUGUUGCAGUACAUCCGACUGGAAUAUUUUCGAUUGUACAAGUAUGCUUGAUAGAAAUCUGAAUACAUUUAAAACAAUGUCGAGAUACACCUGACUAUUCAUCAUGGUAAAGACAUAUUUUUUUUUUAUAAUGGAGUCUUCUUCAUCAAUAAAUCUACCUGUGUUGCCAUACAA